GAUCAAUCUUCGGCAGCAAACGUCCCAAAAAGUGGUGGCGCGCGUAAAAAGGAAAAGAAGGAGCGCCAGAUGGAGAAGAACGCAAAACGCGCCGCUGAAAGUGACAUCGCUACGCUUUCGACCAAAGCGGAAACCCAAAAUAUCGAAAGCGAAAAAGCAGCGGUAGCCGAAAGUGCAGCAACAGAAACCACGCAGCCAGCAACAGAAGUAACUACGGCAGCACCUCAGCCUGACACCACUGCUGAAGGAGGUGCAGCAGAAAAAGUGAAGAGUGUCGCUGAGAAAGCGACUGCAGCCGAGGAGCGAAGUAAGUUACAGUAUCAGACGGACGCAUCGGGUUCGCGUGAUUUUAUCCUCGAUGGUGCUAACUACCGUGCUGAUAACGAGGAGGUUAUCCCACCACCGGUGACCACUAGCGAGGAAAGCGAAUUCAUCCCGGUCACGGCAAGGAGUAAGAAGCGUGGUGGAGCAAGCGGGGCU